AACGUUUCAGUGACAUAUAAUAGGAUACAAUGUUGCGUUUGGUGACUAGUCAGUUCUGUGUUUGCUGUGGUUAGUUUGUUGUUAAAACAUUGCACAGGUUUGCAUAGAUUCUCUCCGCUGCAACAGCGAUGGCAAGUCACGACAAGAGCAAAGAAUCUGGAACUGUGGAGAAAGACAGCGUUUUAGCGGGGCAGACAGCCAGAGAGAACAUAACAGAAACGGAUAGCUUUAAUCAAAGUGUAUUCAGUCUGGAUCCUAAUGAGGAGUAUCAGAUGGACCACAAGAAACGAGGAAUGGCACUGAUCUUUAACCAUGAACGUUUUUCCUGGAAGCUCAUGUUGAACAACCGCUCUGGCACAGAGGCAGACAAGCAGAACCUUGUUAGAAGAUUUCAAGAGCUGGGAUUUGAAGUGAAGGCUUAUGAUAAUUACCAACGAGAAGAAGUUUUAUCCAAAAUCAGAGAAGCUGCUGCUGCUAACCAUGUAGAUGCAGACUGUUUUGUCUGUGUCUUUUUAAGUCAUGGGGAAAAUGGUUACAUCAAUGCCUAUGAUGAGAAGAUUGAAAUUAAAGAAAUCACUGAUUUGUUCAAGGGGGAUAAAUGCCGUAGCCUUGUAGGGAAACCCAAGAUCUUCAUCUUGCAGGCUUGUCGUGGUGAAAAACAUGAUGAACCUGUGACCCCAAUGGAUGUGGUGGACAGUCAGACAGUCAAUGAAGUGGUUGUAGAUGCGGGGGUGCUCUGCACCCUUCCAGCAGGAGCAGAUUUCCUUAUGUGCUACUCAGUAGCUGAAGGAUAUUACUCUCAUCGUGAGAUUGUGAAUGGCUCGUGGUACAUCCAGGAUCUGUGUGAAAUCCUCAGGCGUUAUGGGUCCACACUGGAGUUCACUGAUAUCCUGACGCUUGUUAACAGGAAGGUUUCCUUCCGCUCUGCUUUAGGCAAAAAACAAGUGCCUUGCUUUGCGUCCAUGCUUACUAAGAAGCUGUUUUUCAGACCUAAGAAGGAACAUUAGUAUUAGGGCCCUAUUGCAGGUAAAAAUUCAGGGAUUAGAUUAUUUUAAUUGACUUUAUUUUAAAAUCCUAUAUAUACAUCAUUUUGAAAAUGAUGGAAAAUCGUGCAGAAAAUCACCAAAAUGGAGGUUUGCAUGUUUCAGCCUGGAGGUUUGAUAAACUCAGGAUUACAAAGUGCAAAUAGUAUUUUAGUUGGUUUAAUUUUCCCAUUAAUGAUGAAAGAUAUCAGGUUUCACCAAUUACAGUAGCAAUGCUAAAAAUGCUUUGAAUUACCUGCAGGCCAAGGUGGAGACAUUCCCAGUUUUAGCGUAAUGAUGAUAACUACUUAUGGAAACGGACCAAUGAAAACUUGAAAUUUAUAAAAUAAAAAUUUUUUUUAAGUAAUGUAUAUCAAUCCUGCACACUACAUUCAUGAUCUGUUAUUAAUAGUUCUAAAGCAUGAUCUCUUCAUUUGGGAGACGUGCAGUAGUACCUCCAGGACUGUUGAGAACUUACUUUAGUUUGGAAGGGGAAGAAACGGCAAGAAACUCCAGUUAAACUAAAAAAUCGUCAUAGAGCACAAACAUACUUGUCUACCAACUUUGCAUACAAACUAAUUUUUACAGAUUAUAGAAUUAUAUGGGGGAUUAUGGUUUUGGUUUAAAUUGUGUAUCUUACAUAUUUUGUCUUAAAUGUUGAAAAGAGUGACUUUUAGAGAUCUGUCCACAUCGAUACACUACACUUUUCUGACACAUCAAAUAUUUUGGUCACACUUUUAGUGUUGUGUGGCACUGGGGCACUUGUUUUGUUAAAACAAAAAGUAAUUAUAUAUGAGAUCAUUAUAUAUAAUAAUCUAGGGCCCUUUUAAUGUUGGUGCAAGCCUUAUAAUAUGUAAUGUGACUGCUUUCUGUCUGGUUGAAACAUGGAUUAUUGGAAAUUUGGGUUUUCUGCAACAUAUUGUAUAAUUAUCUUAAUAUGAAACAUGCAGUUGUCAGCAUUGAAUAGGCUUGCCUCUAUAUUCAAAUAACAUUACUCUGCAUUCAAGACUUGCUCUAUAUUAGCUACAUAACAAAUCCAGGUUUAUAGUGCAGGUUUAAACUGUUGAACUGAGGGGAUUUGCAGCAGUUACAUAAAAUCUUGACUAAUAAAUCAGCAUUUAUAAUGUUAUUGUGGUUAAUACACUGAAAUUUAGAAGUUUUAUUUUUUGUAUUGCAAGCAUGCAUGUCUAUUAAAAUAAAGAGACAAAUUGAUGAAUACACUAAA